AAAGUUUAUUUAUUGAAUUCUAAAAAAAUAACAAAACGACAGAGCAACAUCUGUUUCACAUUGACUGGAUUAGUAGUUUCUGGAGAAUUAUUAUGAAGGAAAUUGUAUUAUAUUCCAUCAUCACUAGCGUAAAUCAUCGCUAGAUGGCGAUGAACUAAGUGCCUCUAAAAAUUUGAAUUUUCCUGCGCAAUGAAUUUCCUGAAAGGGUGAAAAAGCUAAGGGUUCGUUCAGUUCGGUUUGAAUUUAUAAACUAUAGCAUGGCUAAAUUUUUGGCCACAGUCAAGGCUAUCAUAACACGAUUGGUGUUCUCAAUCCAUAGUUUGAUAGGGAUAUGGCAAGUUACAAUUUUCAAAAAGAACUCUUUUUAUUGGUAUUUGAGCUCACCGAUUCUUUUGUUAUUUUUCGAAGGGGUAUUCACUUUGACGAUCAAAGAGAAUCAGGAAUGGAAAUGGUUCUGUCCAUCUGUUUUUUUAUACCUUGCCAGUAUAGUUCCUGCAAUAUGGCUUCUAGAAUUGGACAAGGUAGAUCGUCGUUUGAGAAUCAGAGAAGAAACAUUCAACAUAACAGCUUCUGCUGGAGACAAUUUCAAGGAAUUGAAUAAUCUCAUAGGGGUUCAGAUAAAACUUCCUGACCUCUCCCUGAGUACUGAAACCUGGAUAACUCUGAUUGAACAGUUUCUGAUGCUUAUUUUGAUUAUUGGAAGGUGGAUGCUACCCAAAGGAGAUCUUACAAGAGAUCAACUAAGCCAGUUGUUGCUGGUCUACAUUGGUACUGCUGCUGACAUAAUAGAAUUUUUCGAUUCGUUCAAAGAUGAUAAGAUAGCUUCUGAACCAAUAUUGGUUUUGCUUACGUUAGGAAUUUGGUCCUGGAGUUUGAUGCAAUUCACUGUAGUCUUGACAGCAACAAAAUCCAGAAAAUCUAGACUUACCACUUCAGGAAAUUCUUAUAAGGAAUCCGAUGGCUGCUGCACCAUAGACGUUUGGGGUAUAGCAAUCAACAUAACCCUACAAGACGCACCUUUUCUGGUCUUCAGACUGCUUCUCAUCACCCACUUCAAGAUUAUCUCUUACAUGAACGUAUUUUUCACGUGUAAGAACACCUUGGUCAUCUUGCUCCAAUUGUACAGGCUUUACGUCGUUCACAGUGAACACAGGAAGAAGAUGGUGAAGAGAAAUCGAAUGGAAUUGUCUAAUAUUUCCAUAAUUUCCAGAGAAGACAUGGGUGGCUCGAAAAAGCCUAAAUACAGUUCCAGACAGAAGAAGAUAGUUGAGGAAUCUGCGGAGAGCAAUUGUUUUGAGAGUAGAGAUGUAGUAAAAAAAGGGAAGACUAAAAACAGUAGAAAGGACACCGGUUACUCUACAGGAAGUUCACAUAGUUCCAACCACUAUCGGCAGAAACUUUCUGUGAAGCAACCUUACCAUUCGAAAAAUCUAACAGAAAAGCAGACAAAGAUGAAAGUUUCCGAUUCGAAAGAAAGGAAGAAGCUACGUAGUCAAAAAACUCUAUCAGAGGAAAGCGAAACUGAAAUGUCCCUGCCCAAUACACCGGUCAAAAAAAAUAAGUCGAGUCAAGCUGCUGAGAAGAAAUAUUCGAGGAAACCAACUAAAUCUUUCUCUUCGAGUCAUUCUUCCUCCGAAUGACGCCAUGAGUUAGCCAUAAUGGCCCUAUUUUGUUUGUAUUUUUUCAUUUUUAUCUGUUGUUUGUUGUUUAUUUAUUGUGGGAUUACCACUGAGGGUUUGAUCAUUGCUAGGGUACAUAAAACUAAUACGACUGUAACAUAGUUUGGAUAAAAGAGAAUUUUUUUUAACGAUGUUGUUGGUUCUUUAUCAGUUCUUCUUUCGUAACUAUUUAUAAAACUUGUUAGCAAUGUAGUAAAGAUUUAUAUGGAAGUCAUUGUCGAUGUAGAUAUAUGUUAGAUUAUGUACACCUUUUUCUAUUUUUGGUAAAAUGUAACGAAUAGACAUCCAAUCUUGAAU